AUGCAGGAAAAAUAUAAAAAAGAAAGUCAUAAUAAAGAAGUUAAUGAAGUUAAAAAUAAUGUGUUUAGUAACGAAAUUAACAAGUCUAAUUCACAGAUAAUAAAUGAAAAUCCAUAUGAACUUUGUGAUCAACCUACAAAAUAUAUAAAUAAUUGCAAAAAUAUUAUCAAAACUAGUGAAAAAAAUAUAUUAUAUACCGAAAAAAGUAAUAAUAGUGAAAAGAAUAAUUUAUCAACUUAUAGUGAAGAAUCUGUAGACAUAUUAAAGUUCAAUGAAAAAGAUAUAUAUAGUUCAGGUAAUAAUAAUAUAAUACAUAGCGAAAAAAAUGGAUUAUCUAAAAAAAAAGAUAAAAUCUUAAAAAAAAAUAAUUCAUCUCCUUGUUCUUUUAAUGAGGAGAUAAAUUAUAUACCAAACACUGAAAAGAAAAAUGGUUUUAAUGAGAAGUUUAAAGUCACAAAUAAAGUAAAUAAUAAUGGUAUGAAAAUAACAAAAAACAUAAAUGAGAUAUUAUAUUAUAAACAAAAUUCAAAUAAUAUAACUAUGAAAAAUGAAGAUAUAGAAAAAAAAUUAUCAUUUAGUGAAUUAAUUAAUGAUAGUAAAGACAGAGAAAUGAAGGAAAUCAAAAAUAAAUAUGACAUUAAUAUAAAGAAUGAAAAUAAUAGACAAAAUGAUGAAAAUAUAAAAAAUAAUGAAAAUAUGCAAAAUGAUGUGUAUACAUAUACGGAAGAAAAAAAACAAAGUAACGCACUAAUAAAAAAAAAUAAGAAUAAAAAAAAUUCUAUUACGAUUAAAAAAUAUGAAAACACACAUAAUACUAUAGUUAAAAAUUAUAGUAAAAUAAAAAAUAAAGAAAAUAUUAAAAAAGAUCAAAUAAAAGAAAAAACAAAUAGCGCACGAAAUGGUCACUUGUAUUAUUACCGUUUAAAAAAAAAAAAAAAAAAAAAAAAUACAGAUAGUUCAUAUGAAGUUUAUGCUAAUAAUAAUUUAGAUAUUAAAAAUAAUUAUGAUAUUGAAAAAAAUAAGAUAAAUAUACAAAAAGAAAAUACUACUCAAUGUUUUAAAUCAUAUAAAAUAAAUAAUGAAUUAAAUGUAUUAAAUUCAAGAGAAAAAAAUAGUGAAAUUAUAACAAGUUUCAAAAAUUUUUCUAAAAAUGCAAAAAAAGAAAAUAUAUUUAAUAGUGAUAAAAUAAAAAAUAAUAAAAAAAAAAUUUUACACAGUAAUACAACAAAUUCCGAUGAUUUAAAAAAUAAAUCAUCUGAAGAAAUCAUGAUACAAAAAAUUUUUAUAAAUGAAAGUGACACGAAUGAUAAAGUUCAAAAAAAGAUACAUCUUAUAGAGCAAAAUAUGGAAAAAAAAGAAGAUAAAACAUCAAAUAAUAAUAUAAAAAUAAAAGGAAAAAUUAUUUCAGAAAAAAAAAAUGAAAAAGAAAAAGAAAAUCUAGAUUCAGAAAUAGAAUUAUUUUCUGGUAAUUCUUCUAUUUUAUCAAACGAUUUUACAAAACUAGAAGAAAGAGAAAAAAAUGUAAAAAAUCUUACUUAUAAAAAUGAAAAUAGUAUUGAUGAAAGCGAUAGCAUAAUUUUUAACAAACAUGAAAAAGAAGAUAUGGAAAACUUAAAUAUUAUUUAUGAUUUUCCAAUUGAAAGUGAUACCAACGAGCAAAAAAAAGAAUUAAACAAAAAUGUAGUUCAUACUAAUGGAAAACUAAAAAAGAAAGAUUCAAUGAAAGAUAAAGAAUUAAAAAAAUCCAACUCUAAUUAUUCAAAAGAGUUAAUGGAUAUAAAAAUAUAUGAUGAUUCAGAAAUAGAUGAAGUAAAAAACAAUGAAUUAGAGUCAUUUUGGAAUAAUAAUGAGGUAUCAUCUAUUUUGAAUGAGGUAAAGUAUGAUUCUCAUAAAUAUUCAGAUGAAGCUAAUGAUGAAACAGUAAUAUGGAAUAGUGAAAAUUAUAAUAUCGUAGAAAUUUCAAAUAAAAAAUUUCCAUCUUACAAAAAAAAAAAAAAAAUACGAGUGAAAAGAUGUGAAAGUGAUUCAACUAGUUAUAAAAGAAAGAAUGAUAUUAUUCUCGAAAAAAAAAAUUCAAUUGAUGAUAUUAUAAUAUAUGGUAAUAUGGGAAAAAAUGAUAGAGAUACAUGUAAUCCUAGUUUAAAUAACAAUGAAAAUUAUGUAAAUAAAAAAAACGACGAAGAUAUUAAUAUAGCAAGUAAAUUGGAUGUUAUCAAAUCUAAGUUAGCUUUAAAUAACAAUAUAGAUAUAGAUAGUGUAAAUUUUGAAUGUUUUGACAUAUAUCAAAUAAAUUUUGAAAAAUUAGGUUUAAAUGUAGACAAUUUAGACAAGGAAGAAAAAUACAUUUUAAUGCUUUACAUUUCAGAAAAAAAAUUAGAAUUUGUGUGGAAUGAAAGAGAAGCAUUUAAAAGAGCACAUUCUAAUAUAAAAAAUUUUCAAGCAAAUCAAAAUAAAAUAAAAGGAAUAAAAAAUGAAUGUACAAAAAGUGGCUUACUUAAUGAAAAUAAUAUAAAUGAUAACUUUAAUAAUAGAAAAAGUGAUAAAAACAAUAAUAGGUUAACUGAUAUACAGUAUUUUAAAAUUAAUAGUAUUAAUGACAAAAAUGGAUUUGAAAAUAAUAAAAAUAAUAAAUUUUUUAAAUUAUUAACAGAAAAUAAAAAUGAAAAUGAAAUUUUAAAAUUUAGUACUUCUGAAUCAUCGGAUUUAUCAAUAUAUAAAUCAACUAACGAGCAAAAAAUUUUUCCUAUUUCAGAAUCAAAUUUGUAUAAUAAAAAUAUAUCAUCUGAGGUACAGAAUAAUGAUAAUUUACCAAAAUAUGGAUUUUUUUUCGAUUUUUAUCAUAAAUUAUUAAAAAAAUAUAAAAUUUUAAAUAAUAUAGAUAACUUUUCGAAUGAAAAAGUUUUGUUAGAGAAAUUUUUAAGAGGUUGUAUAUAUUUAUUUUUUCAAGAUGAAUAUAUUGACAAUUUUUUAAAAUAUUAUGAAGAUAUUAAAAAAGCAGAAAACAAAGAGGAUAUUAUAUUCAAAAAAUUUCUAUGUGUUGAAUAUAUGUAUAAUAGUUUUCAAAAUAUAUAUCAUAACAAAGAAAAUGAAAAAAAUGAGGAAAUCAUUCUUUUAUCAUUAAAUUCUUCAGAUAUAAUGAGAGAAAUAAUGAGUAAAUUUAUAUUAAAUGAUAAUUUAGUAAGUAAAUUAAAACAAAUACAAAUUAUAAAUAAAAUAUUAAAAGAUGAAGUUAGAACAUAUGCUAUUAAAGUUGCAAAUUAUGAUAUUUAUUUUGAUGUAGAACAACAUUUUAUUGAAGAAGCUGAAAAAGUUGUAGUUGGUAAAGAUAUAGGAUUUUUUAACAUUUCUUUAUUGGAUAAAAAUUAUAAAUAUAAUUAUUAUUUAUAUCAAGAGGAAGCAAAAUUAAAUGAACAAAAUAAAAAUUCAAUUUGGAGUUAUUUCGUUGACUAUUUCAAUGACCUAUUUUACUGGAAUAGUGAUAAAAAUGAAAAUGAUUUUCCUAUACAUGAACAAGGAGAAAAAAAAAAUAAAGAUAUAAAUUUAUCAAAAAGGUUUUCUAGAAAUUUUAUGAAACUUAAUGAGACUAAAGAAGAAAAUAAUAAUUUUUCAGAACAUAAGACAGAAAAAAAGAAUUUUUUAAAUAAUUAUGAAGAAAAUAAAGAUACUAUAAAAAAGGAAGAAGAAAGGGACAUCUCUUUAAAUAAUAAUGAAGAAAAUAAGGAUAUUCUAAUAAAUGAAAUAAAAGACAUUAAUCCAUUAAAAAUAAAAGAAGAAAUUAAAAAAAAAUGUUUAGAAUCUAAAAGUGAACCAACUAAUUUAAUAGAAAAUCAAAAACUUUUAAGCAAUUUAAAUAAAAAUGAAACAAUAUUAAGUAAUUCUACUAAUAUAGAAGAUUGCUUAAUGGAAAGUAAUAUAUCGAGCGUUGAUAAUUUCGUUUCAGAAAAUUCUAAUGUUAUUAAAUUAGAUACUACUAAUAAUAAUUUAGAUAACAAAAAUACGAAUCAUUUUAACAACGAAGAAGUAAAAUAUAGUGAUGAUAAUGAUAAUACAAUUAUUAAAAAUUAUAUAGAUAUCUCAAAAAGAAACUUAUCUAUCAAAAGUAAUGAUGAUAAAAAAUAUCCAAACAAUUUUGACUGUAAAAAUGAAAAUAGUCUAAAAGAUAAUCAAAACAUUACAGAGAACAAAAAUAUGAAACAUAAAAAUAAGUUAGCACAUUUAGUUGCAUUUCAAUAUAGAGGAUCCUUACCAAAAGAUGAAAUAAGUGAUCUUAAUAAAAUGGAUAAAAACUUAAUAGGAAGCUACUUUUCAUAUAACUCUAAUGAUAAUUUAAUUGCUGUUCAUAUUAAAAAUGAAAGUAUUGAACAAUUUUUAAAUGCUCAUUUCAUAAUAGAAAGAUGUCGAAAGUAUAAUAAAGAAAUAAAAAAGUCUUAUGUACAUAUUUUGAAUUCAAAAACAAAGCAAUAUUUGGCAGUAGAUCUGGAAAAUAAAAAAAUUAUUUUUACUAAUAAAUAUGAUGAUAUUUUUUAUAUAGAUGAAUUUGAUGUAAAAAAUAGAAUAUCUACAUAUUUUGAAUUACAAUCUAUAUCAGAUAUGAUGAAAAAUAUUUUAAUUGAAGAUAUUAUACAAAGUGUUGCCAAUAUUAUGUUAAAUUAA